AUGCCUGCCAUAACUCCCUUCUCGAGUCUUGUGACACUGCUAUAAGGCAAAUACCACUGCCUUGUUUAAAGCUGUCGUGUGGCUGGAAAAGAUCCUGGACACUGAUAUUAAUGUCACUAGGGAAGAACUGCCAGAUUUGCAGGACCUGACCAACUUGCCAAGUCUUCUAAAGAUGCAGCACUAGUAAACAAACACCAUGGGAGCAAGUUUUCCAAAGGUGGAACAAAUGUCUCAGACCAUGAAGGCAAUACAGGAUGGGGAUGUGGCCCUCUUACAAGUUCUAUCACGCUCUACUAACCUUACCGGUUAUUUGAAACUCCACCAUUCUCAAACCACUGCUCUUCACCUGGCUGCUGCUCAUGGUCACACAGAAUGCAUGCGAUUUCUGCUUGACCUGGGAGCAAGUGUAUAUGACGUAGAUUCAAGUCGUGAAUCAGUUCUCCAUAGUGCUGUUGUAGCCAAAUCACAAGGAUGGCGGGAUUGUUUAUCUAUGAUUCUUAAAUCGAAAGCAGACAUCAAUGCAUUAAACGUUUGGAGGAGGACUCCACUGAUGAAAGCUAUCGUUAAUUUUAAAUUUGCUGCUGCUGAUUACCUGAUACGGGAAGGAGCUGAUGUUUCUAUCUCAGACGAAAAUGGGACAACGCCAUUGCAUGUUGCGGCAAGCUAUGGUAACCUUGAACUUGUGAGGAAUUUACUAGAGAACCGAGCCAACAAAAAUGCACAAGAUCAGAGAGGAAGGACACCAAUGUAUUUUGCCAUUCUGGGAUGUCAUGAAGAAGUGACAGAGUACCUGAUUCAGCAUGGCUCUGAGGUGAAUUUGUAUGACCUCGGUUGGGGAUCACCGCUACAGUUAUCAGUGACGAAAUGUAAUAUCAGAAUAUUGUCACGUCUUCUUAAAUCAGGUGCAUGCUUUAACGUGCAGCCAAAAAACAUGGCUGCUGCACCAGGUAUUAUUGACAUAGCUCUGAAGAUUGCCCUCAAAAGGGUAAACAUUUACCGCAAUGAAGUGACAAAGCAGGAAUAUGAUGUAAGCUGUACAAGCUAUAAGCGUGCGUGUGAUAGUUUAGAGUGUCUGCGGCUUCUGAUUGUAGCAAGUGGAUUGCCAGUGAGAGAGCAGAUGAUGAAAAGCAUACAUCAACUCGUGACUCAGUCGUUUCAUGAAGAUUUACAAAAACCAUUUAUGGAUCUUCAUCGCAGUGCAACAAAGGCUCAUAAAUCAUCUAAGAACACACCUCCAUCGUUGCAGUAUCUGGCUCGAACUCGAUGUCGAAAAUUAAUGAUGCUAUCAAACCACAAUCUGAUCUGGGCCUGUGACCAUUUGGAUGUACCAGCAGUAAUAAUAGACUUGCUCACUCUACAGUCGUAAUUCCAGUCAGUGUCUAUGUGCUGCUUUUUUCAUCAGAGCUUGUGUCAGCUUGAUAUUAUUAAUUUUGUUGUGUUUUAGACUGCCGGAAACAAAGCAAUGUUACGAAAAAAAUCAGCAUAUUCUUACCCAAAUUAUGUGAUUAUAAAUAUAUAUAUAAAGUAUAUAUACAGAUAUAAAAAAUUCUAUAUAUUUGUGGGAAACUAUUCCAUUGUAUGAUUGAAACUGAUUGUAACAUUAAAGAAAUUCUAUUUUUGGUACCAAACAAAUUUUCAAUUUACAUCAUGGAAAAUCAUGGAUUGGGUAUUCAAUGCUCAAUAGUGUUAAAGAAAAAUGUCAACAAAUUAGUGGAUGUGACCAAGUAUGCUGUAAAUUUGUCAAUUUGUGUUGAUAUGCUUUAGGACAAAUAAGCAGAGCCUAACCUAACCACAUGUGUGAUAUUGUGAUAUAUUAAAAUAAAA